GGUGGUGGUGGUGGUGGUGGUGGCAAGCUUGGGAAGCGUAGUACGCAGGCGCAUUGGCUGCCUGGCCUGGACUCCAUUUCCCCUGGAACUGCGGGGCGGGGGCGGGGGCGGGGCGCCGGGCCUAGGCCGGGGCGGCCGGGGGCGGGGGCUGUGGAGAGGUGCCGCGGCGGCGGCGGCGGUGGCGGCGGUGGGUACGCGUUGGUGCGGCCUGUUUUGGGCCAUGUCCGUGUGAGGACGCCGCAGCCGACAACCUCUCCUCUCCGGCUGGCCGGUAGAAACGCGCACCAUGGGCUCCAUCCUGAGUCGCCGCAUCGCGGGCGUAGAGGACAUCGACAUACAGGCCAACUCGGCCUAUCGCUACCCUCCGAAGUCCGGAAACUACUUUGCUUCGCAUUUUUUCAUGGGAGGAGAGAAAUUUGACACUCCCCAUCCUGAAGGUUACCUCUUUGGAGAGAACAUGGACCUGAACUUCCUGGGCAGUCGUCCAGUCCAGUUUCCCUAUGUCACCCCUGCCCCCCAUGAGCCAGUGAAGACACUGAGGAGCCUGGUGAACAUUCGCAAAGACUCUCUCCGGCUUGUGAGGUACAAAGAAGACGCAGACAGCCCCACGGAGGACGGUGAAAAGCCCCGCGUGCUCUACAGUCUGGAAUUCACCUUUGAUGCCGAUGCCCGUGUGGCUAUCACCAUCUAUUGUCAGGCGGUAGAGGAGCUGGUGAAUGGCGUGGCAGUGUACAGCUGUAAGAACCCUUCUCUGCAAUCUGAGACCGUCCACUACAAGAGAGGCGUUAGCCAGCAGUUCUCCCUGCCUUCUUUCAAGAUUGACUUCUCCGAGUGGAAGGAUGAUGAGCUGAACUUUGACCUGGACCGGGGUGUGUUUCCAGUAGUCAUCCAGGCUGUGGUGGACGAAGGGGAUGUUGUGGAAGUGACUGGCCACGCUCAUGUGCUCCUGGCUGCCUUUGAGAAGCAUGUGGAUGGCAGCUUCUCCGUGAAGCCAUUAAAGCAGAAGCAAAUUGUGGACCGGGUCAGCUACCUGCUGCAGGAGAUCUACGGCAUCGAGAACAAGAACAACCAGGAGACUAAGCCUUCUGAUGAUGAGAACAGUGACAACAGCAGUGAGUGUGUGGUGUGCCUGUCAGACCUGCGGGACACACUGAUCCUGCCCUGCCGACACCUGUGCCUCUGCACUUCCUGUGCUGACACACUGCGGUACCAGGCCAACAACUGCCCCAUCUGCCGGCUGCCGUUCCGAGCCCUUCUGCAGAUCCGGGCUGUGCGGAAGAAGCCAGGGGCCCUGUCUCCCAUCUCCUUCAGCCCUGUCUUGGCCCAAAGUGUGGACCACGAUGAGCACUCUUGUCCCUUUAAAAAAUCAAAGUCGCACCCUGCCUCCCUGGCCAGCAAGAAACCUAAAAGGGAAACAAGUUCUGACAGUAUCCCACCUGGCUAUGAGCCCAUCUCCUUGCUUGAGGCACUCAAUGGUCUACGAGCUGUCUCCCCGGCUAUCCCAUCAGCUCCCCUCUAUGAGGAAAUCACCUACUCAGGCAUCUCGGACGGUCUUUCCCAGGCCAGUUGUCCCCUUGCUGGACUUGAUCGAAUCAUGGAAAGUGGCCUACAGAAGGGCAAGACACAGAGCAAGUCUCCAGACAGCACCCUGCGGUCUCCAUCAUUCCCCAUCCAUGAGGAGGACGAGGAGAAGCUCUCAGAGGACUCGGAUGCUCCUCUCCCACCGAGCGGUGUGGAGCUGGUACUGCGGGAGAGCAGCUCCCCUGAGAGUUUCGGAACAGAGGAGGGAGAUGAGCCGUCCCUAAAGCAAGGGAGCCGAGUACCCUCUAUUGAUGAUGUCCUGCAAGAUGGCAGUCCGCAGCAUCAUGGUUGCAGCCAGCCAGUCCCUCCUGCUGACAUCUACCUACCAGCCCUGGGUCCUGAGUCGUGCUCUGUUGGUAUAGAGGAGUAAGCUGGAUGGUCCACCUCCAUGGAGACGCCACACAGCCUUGGCACCACCAGCUCCCCCUGGCCUCUGCUGAGUGGCUCUAGUCCUGAGCCUGGAGUUGCUGAGCUGACCCCAUUCUGAAAGUCUGGCUUAGCGGGCAACACAGAGCCCUCAGCAUCCCAAACAUUGCCAGGAGGCUUCCCUGGACCCCAGCGAGACCCUGGCCUCUCUUGUCUGCACGCCUCAUGUGGCCACUGGGAUUUGAGGGUCCACAGUGAACCUUGAUCAAAUUGCACAGUGGGUUGUUCCUCCACACACCCUCCUUUUUUUACGGUCAAUAUAUUUGUAAAUGGUACAAGAUGAAGGACAACAACUGUCUCCAUGGGCCACGUGCCCUAGAAGGACUCUCCCCAACUGUCAAAGCUAAUGCUUUGAGCACUUAGCAAACCAGCAUAAGAGAAUCUACCCAUGGAAUGUUCUGGAAGGUGGGCAGUCCAGGUUACAGUUGAUGAAGGAAACAGUGCCUGUCUGCCUCUCAUGUGUGACCCCAAGGCAGCCAGGCUGUCACUGCUGCUGUCACAGGCUGACACCUUACAGAUGUCCUGACCAUGGGUGACCCUCCUCGGAGCGUCCAGAUCCCCUCCUGCUCUGCUCUAUUACCUACUAGUGGUCCCUGGCAGCUGUGGGCAAGGCCUGGGUAGUCAGACUGUUAACACCACAGUCCUUAGCAGUGGUCAAUGUCCAGUUCCCCCGCACAGGUCCUGCUUCACUCACAUCCUCACCCGCUGCCAAGGUGGCGGUUUGUGCUUGCAGGGCAGCACUGCCCACCACCUGCCAGGGAGGAGCCUGAGCAGCUUCCAUAGCAGAUCCGUUGCCAGUUACCUGGCCUGUAAGCUUCUUACUGAUUGAUUGUCUAAGGCUCCUGUCAGAGCCCACCUAGAAGCAGGCUCCUAGUGAUACUUUGUUUCCAAGGCAGAAGUGGCCCAUGAGUGGCCCCAGAGCAGAGGUGCCCCAGGCAGUGCAGCUCCCUGGUGGGUUGGUAGAGGGACCUCAGCUUAAGGAACUGCCCUGCCACUCACCCAGGUGACAGCCUGUAGCAGUGCAUGGAGACCCCUUUAGGCUCAGGGCUGCUCGAGCUCUGACUCUAACCCUGCUCCUUCCUAGCACAGCUCUGCACAUCCAUCUCUCUCUCUUGCUGAAUGCACAUAUGUGCACACAUGUCAGCAUGUGCAUGCUCACUCCCCCACUUCUCACCUGCCAACAUCCUGGCCUCUGGCCGUGGCACUGGUGCCAGUACUUUGAAAGAUGGGGUGCAGCCUACACACUUACCUGUCUCAGACUCACAUGUACUAUCAUCUGAUGUACUCUGAUUGGCUAGUUUGGGUUCAUUUUUACUGUAUAUUUAUAGUAAUAAAAUCAUGCAGCAAUA